AUGGCACACCGCCUUGUCAGCAUACCGAUGGAGAAAGAGGACUUUGUAACGGAAAGGGAUAAAAUAUACGAAGCUGCUAGAAUCAACGGUUUCGAUAAUAAUUUUGUCGAUAAAAUAAUUCGUCUGCAUGAGCGCUGUGUUUUAGCGGUGUCAGGUCUAUUACUCGCCGAAGAAUUCGAUGGAAACAAUGAUCAUCCCUUCAUACAUAACAGAAAUGUUCAUUUCGAUUGGAUGCUCACAAGGCGAGUAUUCGAAGCUCAAAAAUCCAAUGCGGUUAUUUCACCUUUUUCGGUGAAAGUACUGUUGACUCUACUAUAUGAAGUCACUGGAGAAGCCGCUGAUAUUUCGUACACACAAACCAAAAAUGAACUACGGAUGGUACUAGAUCCUUCCGGACAUCUGAAUGCAACACGUAUUAUGUAUCGUUCUCUACUGAACUCGGCAUUAACGGAGAAUGCAUAUUUCGAUCUAAACAUUGCAACUAAAAUUUUUGCUGAUGAAUUUAUCGAUAUUCUUGAUAAAUACCAGAUUAUGUUGGACCAUUACUACAACACGUCCUUCGAUAACGUUCCAUUUUCCAACCCAGAGAAGGCGGCUGAUACUAUCAACCGGUGGGUGGCACAAUCCACCCAUGGCCGCAUACAGGAUCUCGUCAGCGCUAAUGGUGUCGAUGGAGCAGUAAUCGUUCUAGUGAAUGCCAUCUACUUUAAGGGGCUUUGGACUUAUCCAUUCCCGAAGAACGGACCUCGGCGAAAGUUUAAUACCACGCGCGAAGAACUAGAUGUUACUUAUAUGGAACAACACGGUCAAUUUUACUAUGACGAUUCAAAUAUACUUAAUGCUCAGCUUCUACGACUGCCCUAUCGGGGAGGGAAAUUUGCUAUGUACUUCAUGCUGCCGAGGCCGGAUAGCUCCAUCAAUGAUGUUCUCAGUCGUAUUAAUUCCACCAGUUUGCACCAGGCUCUGUGGUACAUGGAUGAAACCGAGGUGAACGUUACCAUUCCGAAAUUCAAAUUUGACUUCUCCGAAGAACUAAACCAACCGCUGCAGGAUAUCGGAAUCCGCGAGGUGUUUUCACAGCGAGCUUCACUGCCCUUGCUUCCACGCCGAAAAGUUACCAUGGACCAAGCUCGAGUUUCGCGAGUAUUCCAAAAGGCGAGCAUCACCAUAAAUGAACUUGGAAGCGAAGCAUAUGCUGCAACUGAAGCCCAACUGGUGAACAAAUACGGUGGCGAUGAAACUCAGAUAUUCAAUGCAAAUCGCCCUUUCCUUUUCUUCAUUGAAGACGAACAAUUUGGCACUCUCCUGUUUGUCGGGAAAGUACAAAUGCCAACUGCCAGAAUAGCGGACUGUUCACUAAACUCGGGGAAGUUCCGGAAGGCUCAGCGGAUAAACAUUCUUUCGCGAUCACGUUGCACUUAACACUCAAAUCUUAUCAUUCUUCAUGUUUGUGUCAUUCGUUCGUUCGAGUUCG